AUGCAGUUCACCACCAUCCUUGCUUCUCUUGCCUCCAUGGUCGCCAUGACCUCUGCCACCAGCGUCUCCUUCGACACCGGCUACGACGAUGCCGGCCGCUCCAUGACCGCUGUCUCUUGCUCCGACGGUGUCAACGGCCUGAUCACCAAGUACGGCUGGCAGACGCAGGGUGCCGUCUCCAAGUUCCCCUACAUCGGCGGCUCUGACACCAUUGCCGGCUGGGGCUCCGCCAACUGCGGCAAGUGCUACUCCCUGACCUACAACGGCAAGACGAUCAACAUCCUCGCCAUCGACCACGCCGGCAACGGCUUCAACAUCGCCCAGGCUGCCAUGAACGACCUUACCAACGGCCAGGCCGCCGCCCUCGGCCGCAUCGAGGCUACCACCGCCGAGGUCCCUCUCAGCAACUGCGGCUUGUAA